AUGAGGGAUGAUAUGGAAGACACGAGCAGUCACCCAGAACUGGAGCUGGUGGGACCUGCUUGGCUACAAUGUCUACAGUACAACAUCAGAGACAAUAACGUCAUCGCUGCUGGUAUGAGCAAUGGUCAGGUGUCGUGGUGGGAUGUUCGACAAGGGUGUCGACCAGUGGAGUCGACCAGCCUGGCUGUCAGUCACACACAGAUGGUGACAGCGCUCACUUGGCUUGCUCACAAAACACGGUCUGAGCUCUUUUCUGUUUCCACGGACGGGCAGGUGUUGUGGUGGGAUACAAGAAAAUUAUCGCAGCCAACAGACAGCCUUGUCCUUGACCCUCUGAGAGAGGACCCACCCAGCCUGGCCCGGGCAUUAAGUGCCACUUGUCUGGAGUACGAGGCUACGAUGCCCACCAAGCUGAUGGUGGCCACUGAGCAGGGCCAAGUGGUGGCCUGCAACAGGCGGGCCAGGAGCCCACCGGAUAGAAUUAGCAUGAUCUACAACGCCCACAUUGCUCCCGUCUACGCCAUCCAGAGGAACCCGUUCUUCUUGAAGAAUUUCAUGACUGUGGGCGACUGGACCAUUAAACUGUGGGCGGAGGAUUUCAAGGAAUCUCCAGUCCUGUGGACCAAGCCAGCCCCCGCCCAGAUCCGCGGAGGGUGCUGGAGUGCUUCCAGGUCCUCAGUGCUGUUCACAGUCCGUCUGGAUGGCUCCCUGGAUGCCUGGGACUUCCUUACCUCCUGGACCAAACCUGCCUCCACCUGCCAGGUGGUGGACGAAGGGCUGGAGGUGGUGGUGAUGCAUGAGGGAGGUCGGCUACUGGCAGCUGGUUCUCAGCUGGGUACUGUCCCCCUUCUACAUGUUCCACCAAGGUUGGUUCAACCUUCAGACAAGCACGAGAAAGCUGCCUUUACCGCGAUCCUCGAGCGCGAAACUAGACGCGAGCGAGUCCUCGAGGCGAGACACAAGGAGCAGCGCUUGAGAGAUAAGGUUAAAGGAGCAGGGAGAGGAGGAGGAGCAGCAGGAGGGACAGAGGGAGAGGACAGUGCCAAGCCUUCCCACGAUCCUGUCAAAGAAGCUGAAGAAGAGUACUUUAGACAGGUGGCAGAGUUGAGGGCCCAGAUCGAACAGGAGGACGAGGCAUCAGCGUCCUCCGUGGCUGUCGAGGUCACCCACCCUCCCGAAGACGCUGGUUCGAGCCAUAAUGCCGGCGACGCUGCCGCAGCUGCGACGGUCAAGAACGAGGAAGGUCUGACGGCAGCUGAACACGAGGAGCCCAAGAGCUACACCAGCAGUGGUUCUGCUGAACGCUAGCAACUACAGGACUACUGAAACUGCUACUGCUACUGUGACUACUCCAAAUACUACUACUUCUACUGACGCUACUACUACUAUUACUAAUUCUUACACUAUUACUACUACUAUGUUGCUGUUAUUACUUCUACUACUACUACUAUUACUUCUCCUAUUUCUAAUCCUACUACUAAUAAACCAUACCACGGGCGGGGAUAGAACCUGAGAUCAGAGAGUCUCUGAUUGCGGGUUCUAUCCCCGCCCGUGGUAUGGUUUGUUUGCAAUCGUGUCAUUACGAUUUCGUGAGUCAUGUCUACUACUAAUAGUAUUUAUACUAUUAUUAUGAUUGCUACUACUGCCAUUGUUACUACUGUAACCUCUAACUACAACUUUUACUCCUACUGACGUUGUCGUACUAUUACUGCCACUAGCACUAAGGCUGAUACUACCCGACUGCUAGUACCAAAGCUGCCACUGCUUAGGAUGUUUGCAUAACUACUUCCACAUCUACUAUUAAGGCUACUAUUAUUAUUAAUGCUACUUCUAAUGCUGCAUUUAGAGCUACGUCUGGGGAUGCUACUGCCACUGUUAUUAUUAUUAUUAUUAUUAUUAUUAUUAUUAUUAUUAUUAUUAUUAUGAUUAUGAUUAAUAUUAUUAUCACUACUACUACUACUACUGCAACUGCUACUACUACCACUGCUACUUCUACAACUACCACUACUGCUACUACUACUGUCUGCUAGAUUUACUACUAUCGUAGUAAGCUGAAUAGCAAUCAACAGUUGUGGUAUUGAUACAGAAAAUGGUGUACAAGGUGAUAUUUUGUCCCCCAUGUUAAGUGAAUAAUAAUAAUAAUAAUAAUAAUAAUAAUAAUAAUAAUAAUAAUAAUAAUAAUAAUAAUAAUAAUAAUAAUAAUAAUAAUAAUCAUAGUUGAGAGUUAGGUAUACAUUUCAGGAAUAGGCAUUAAAUGUCGUCUAGGUCUAACUAAAAUAAUGUAUGCUCACUUCUGGCAAGACAUCUAGUGUAUGAAUGAUGAUGAAAGUUUUUUCUUUGUUAGAGGGUCACUCUGCUCUUCUAGAAGAUGAGAUGACUGGUGUCUUCAAAACAAUGGCAGGAUAAAACACACAAACAAACACGAAAUAAGAAAAUUCUAUUUUGACCUCCAUUUGAGAUCUUCUUCUGCUGACAGAUAAUUUAACCACCUUGGCUAUCUUGAGACGUUAUAAAAAUUAUUUCGACCUCCAUCUGAGGUCUU